AUGUACACAAUCGCCUUGGUCAGAUAUGUUCCAGUGGAAUACUACUCAAUCAACUCCUUCUACUUUGUAAUGGAAUUUUCGUGCACAUUAGCAGGUCCAUCAGGAGUCCUUCUCUUUUGUGAAACAGAAGCCUGCAGGUUUCAUAGUCCCGUCUUCUUUUAUCAUCGGGAACUCGAAAAAGCGAAAAAUGUUCCUGUCCAAGAUUGGAAUGAAAGUAGCCCCUGGUAUGGAAAACGCCUAUACGAUCAGUAUGAAAAGCAGCAGUGAUCCUGGUUUAUGAAAAUGUUUUCAUGAACAUUUGUGAAUUUAAAUAAAGGUUUUUUUUUUGAAAUUUUUUUUGAGUAUACGUCAAGCAGUUUCCAUCACACCUUUUCUAUUCGGGUAUCACCUGCUUCUCUUUCUCUUUAUUCUUUCAUUCAUCUCAAAAACUUUGUUCACGAAUGUUCUGUGAGGAGUUUAUUCCGAUCCCAGAAACUCCGAAACGGAGAGCUAUUCUCGGCUCUCUUGUGCUCAUUGAAAUAUUAAUUCUAUUGAUUCACUACAGUUUCAUCAGGAUUCUUGUCAAAUGUUAUAAGGAAGACCGCCAGGUUUCGAGAGUUGUCGAAAGUUAAUUUUCUAUUUAAAAAGUUAAGCAAAGCUACUACGCGGCCGUCCCUUGCUUAGAAGUUUUGUCGCUUCUUGGAGCGUUCGCAAUGAUUUUUUGCUUCACUUACUUUAUGGUUUGCACGCCGACAACCUUGUUUUAUGACAUUUAUUAUUUGAUUCUGAGCAUUCCGAACAUGCUCGUCUUCAUCGACGGGUUACUAUGUCUUCAGCGUUUCUUUAUUUUCUUCGACAUGGCUCCAAAUUUCUGCGGAAAGUUCAAAUAGUUGGCUAUCACUAGUUUUACUUUUCCAUUAGAAUGAACUACAGCUACGUCGUGCUCACUCUGUUCUUGUCCAUCCCUGUUUCUUAUAUUAUCACUCUUUGUGCCAUGGGAAGAUUGAUCUAUCCAAUAGAUCAGGCAGAGAAUUUUGAAGAACUCGGGAACAAUUACUAUCGGUUUUGCAAUGUAAGUACCUGA